AUACACAACAUUCAUAACAGUAUUAAAACAGUUUUAACAAGAGUACACUAGUGCCGAAGGGAAAAACAUUGACACAGUUUAUUUAAUGAAACUUGUUGCAGAACAAUCUGGAAUAAUAUGAAACAAUGUAACAGUCUCUAUACAGCCUGAACUUAUAUUGUUAAACCUGUUUAUUUAUUAUAAACCCCUCGGGUUAUAGUGUGUGUUGGGCUUUUAUUUAAUGUUUUAUUUUAUAUUGAAGAGUUUAUUUGGUCAGAUAGCCAGUUCAGUCGUCUGUCUGUCUGUAUAAAACCUUUUUUUCAAGUCUUAACAUGUUUCUUCACUUUACAUGUGUGUUUUGAGCUCAGGAUGAAAUUAAAGGUGAUAAAAAGGGUUGGAAGUUUCUGGAAUGUGUCGCGUCUGCAGAAACGCAGUUUUUAUAGUUUCACAUCUGUUUUAAACUACACCGAUAAUAAUGUGGCGACACGCGCUCAGACGCGACUAUAUUCAUAAAUCCGUCCGUCUCCGUGUUUAUAAACGCAAACGGGUUUAAUAUUCUCAAUUAUUGAUCUGUUUAUUGUACGAGCUGAUAAUAGAAAACGGUUGCGCGCUCCCUGUGAUUACCUUUUAUUAUUUCCGCGUGCGCGGAUAAUUGAGCCCAGAGCGCGCGCCCGCGGCGGUAGGUGUGUCAUUGAGCUGAUCUGACCAAUAGCUGUACGGCGCUGAAAUGAUUGACAGAAGAUCGGCGGGUAUAUAAGCACCUGCACGAUCAGUGAUGAGAGGAAUCGAGAGGUGAGUAGAAACUUUAUGUUUCAUUCUUUAAACACGCUGUUAUCUGUGCAUAUGUUGAAUAUUCGGUAUGUGUGUGUGCAGGGUCAGAGGUCAUGUCUGCAGUCAGGCUCGUGUUUGUGUUCAGUCUCGUGCUGAUGCCAUGUUUGUUUGAGGCAAAAUCCCUGAUGAAUGUUAUCAAACGGGAAGAUGUUGCUCCAGUGAGUAUCGACUCCAACAAGGCACAUGAGUUCCUGUCCAGUUCUCGACACAAACGCAACAUCGAUCCGCGCUGGCACAGACAGACUCCAGAUUUCCAGGCGUAUUACAGAUAUUACAGCAGCAUCGGACACACAGAAGGGUUGUAUGAGAUUGAUCGGAUCAGGAUGUUGUAUCAACAGAUGAGGCACUUAGAAAACGUUUACGGUCCAAACGCUUCUUACUACCAGAGCAAACUGGGUGUUCCGGCUCUUCCGCCACUCCCCAAAUGUGACCCGGCCAAAGACAAGUCAUGCAAACCAGCUCCACCUGAGAAAGCCCCGCCCCCAGCGGCGGUUAAAGCCCCAGCCACGCCCCCUCUCGAGCAGGCGGAUGUCAUCUACCUGUGCAACAACAAAGACCCCCUGUGUAAACCGCACAUCGUCUAUAUGCCAACCGGUGCUGUACCCGUGUUGUGUGACCCACGAUACCACCCCACCUGCGAGCUCCAGGGACCGCCCCCUCCUCCACCUCCACCUACAAAAUCAGAGCCGCCCCCUCCACCCGCACCCAUCCUUUAUAAGGGGAUGGAAUACGACUGCGACCCGUACUGGGAUCCCGACUGCCUCAUCGAUCACCCGCCACGGCCAAUCAAGGGUAAAGCCCCGCCUCCAAUCAAGGGUAAAGCCCCGCCUCCAAUCAAGGGUAAAGCCCUGACUCCAGCACCCGUAACAGAAGAAGAGUUGGAGCCAGCCCCGCCCCCCAUUAAGAAACGCCCACAUCCGUAUUAUGGCCACCUUCAUCCCUACAACUAUCAGUCUGAACUGUUCGACCCGCUGCGAUACGCGUAUCCUUCUGCUGACAUGCCAGACAACAGCUCCUAAUGUACAGCACACACGCACAGAUCACAUUAUUGUGUGUAAUUCUGAUAAUGCAUUGGCAAUUUAAAGCUGCUUUUUAACAUGCCAAAAAAGAUUCUUUAUUCUUUAUAAAGUUCAAUUCUUGAAAUCAAUCCACAAACAAAGUUGUGACUGGUGGGGGAAUGUUUGUGUUUAUUCAUUGUGUAUGGUUUAUACAGAGACAUUUCAACACUAAAAACUGAUGAUUAAACUGACAUGUGAAAUUUAUGAUAAUCAUUUUAAUAUAAUGAACCUGCUUCAAUAAACUGGUCCAAACCCUGAAA